AUGUCGACAAUGAGAGAGAUUGAUAAGAUACCAACAGUGUUGGAACGGCCGAAGGAAAUGAAACUACUUUGUCUUGGGCUAUCUCGUACGGGAACCAAUUCAUUGUAUCUCGCUCUCCAACAGAUUGGCUACACUCCAUAUCAUGGCAACCAACUAUUCUCCAACAAUCGCCAUAAUAAGUGCUGGGAGGAGGGUUUGAAGUCGAAGUUCUAUGAUGGUAAAUCAUAUGGCCUCGAUGAGUUCGAUAAACUGCUAGGGAAUUACGAUGCUGUGACCGACUGUCCUUGUGCCAAUUUUGCCAAGGAACUAUUAGCAGCAUACCCCAACGCAAAAGUCAUCCUCACCACGCGCGACCCCGACAGCUGGAUACGAUCUAUGGAGUCAUGCUACUACCAAAUUCUCGACAUACUCUCCUGGAACCCUAUUGUGUAUCUCGAGCCCAACGAAUGGGGAGCCUUUCGAAGCCUCCUCUACAUGAUCCUAACACAUAUAACUCGAGGCGAAUGGAAAAAUCGAGCAGCUUUACGUCGGGGGUUCUUGGAGCAUAAUGACUUGAUUAGAUCUUUGGUGCCCAAGGAAGAGUUGUUGGAAUUUCAAGCUGGACAGGGCUGGGAAUCUCUGUGUCAAUUUCUCAAUAAACCUAAACCGUCAAGUCCAUACCCAAAGACUAAUGAGGGAAGUACGGCUGCAAAUCUUGUCCGCAUGUUUUAUCGGAUGGUUCUUUUGCAGAAAGCGAUGAAAGUGUUGCCGAUGAUAUUGGCUGUGUCAACGGUGAUUAUAAGCUGGGUUGCAUGGAAAAUGUACUUUCAAGAAUGUUGA